AUGGUAACAGAAAGAGGCAAUAAAGCACUGUGUAUUGAGCGCAAACAACCAAACAGUCCUUCAACAUGGGUUUCCAUCUCAUUACCAGCUUUUACAUUGCGUGGAUGUAAAAUUCGAAUUCAAGCAGCUGUUAAAGCAGAAAAUAUUAGUCUGCCACCCAAUUCAUGGAACGGUAUCAAAAUUAUGCUCCAUACAAAAGGAUUGAAUAGUGAUAAUUAUCCACAGCAAAACCUACCACAGGGUACUUUCGACUGGCGCAUGGCAGAUUAUGUAGCGAAUGUUCCUCUUGAUACACAGCAAGCAACACUCAUGCUUGGUCUAGAGGCUGUGAUUGGUAAGGUAUGGUUUGAUGAUCUCAUGGUAAUUGUAUAUAGUAAACCACGUCCGCCUCCACCGACACCACCGGCUGGACUACCAUACAAAGGCCAUAAUUUAACACGCUUACGAGGUGCAAUGAUCGGUACGAAUCUUAAAGAGCAAGAUUUUCGAGAUUUUGCCGGUUGGAAUGCAAAUCAUGUGCGCUGGCAAUUGAUGUGGAAUGGAUUUCCUCAUAGCCCAGCAGAUAAUGGUGAUAUCUCUGCUUACGAAACAUGGCUUGAAAGUGCACUCGAACAUCUUGAUUCAAUGUUAACUAUCUGUCGUCAAUUAGGUAUACAUAUUCUUGUUGAUUUACACACACCACCUGGUGGACGUAACUCUGAAAAAGAGUGCAAUUUAUUUAAAGAGAAACGUUUUCAAGAUACAUUUCUUAUGUUAUGGGAUAAGAUAGCGAGACGUUACAAAAAUGAAUCACUUAUUUGGGGUUAUGACCUUGUCAAUGAACCAGUCGAAGGCAUUGUCCCCGAUGAUUUGAUGGAUUGGCGUGAGUUAGCAAUCGCCACUGUUCAACGUAUUCGUGCAAUAGAUUCAGAACACGCAAUUAUUAUUGAAGCAGCUCCAUGGGGUGGACCUGGUGCUUUGGCUGAUUUUGAACCAUUGCCUUUCCAUAAAAUUGUUUAUUCGUUUCACAUGUACGAACCUGGCGAAUUUACCCAUCAGAAUGUCUAUAAUGAUGUUUCACCUAUUCCAUAUCCAGGCAUCAUCAAUGGUAAAAUGUGGGAUAAAGAACAAUUACGUCAUAAUAUGAACCGUGUUCUCAAUUGGCAACGUGAUUACAAUGUUCACAUAUAUGUCGGGGAAUUUUCUGCUAUUCGUUGGGCACCCGGUGACAGUGCUUACACUUAUUUACGUGAUGUAAUUGAUAUCUUCGAAGAAAAUGGAUGGGAUUGGGCUUAUCAUGCAUUUCGUGAAUGGCCCGGGUGGAGUGUAGAACAUAUUGGUGACAAAUAUAAUACCCAACGUGCUCCUACUCCAACCGAUCGACAACAACUUUUAAUUGAUUGGUUUAAGAAAAACGAACAUUAG